CGCCUUCUAUAUUUGUUUAUGUUUUCGUUUUUUAUUAUCAAAAAUUUGUAAAAACUACAAAAAUGCUUCAGUAUCAGGAAAUUCCAAUUAAAUUCGAAUCAAAAGUCUCAAAAUAUCUUGACGACCAGCGUAAAACUGGCACCUUCUGUGAUUUAAAAAUCGAACUUCAAUCUGGCAUCUCAGCUUGGGGACAUUUUUGUGUAAUUGGAGCUCAAAGUGAAUUCAUCGGGGGCCGACACUUUCUACAAAAAUCACUACAAUUUUCCAUCCACAAUCCGCUGAAGAUUAAAAUUCACAAUUUCUCAUGCACAGAAUGUCUCCAAACAAUUAUUGACUUCUUCUACCAGGAUGUCGUGUCUAUCAGCAAAAUCCAUCAAGAUCAUUUCAAGAAAUUGGCUAAAAUUCUGUCGGUGAAGGAACUGGUCAAAGUGUUUUGCCUCGAGGAUGGAAACGAAGAAGAAGACCAACCGCCGCAACAAGGUGAUAUAAAUGUUGUGGUGGAAAAUGUCUUCGAGGAGAAACAGAAUUAUUUUAAGGUUCGAAAUCCCAAAGCUGUCAAUAAUGGAGCUCACAGCAAGGUGAACUAUUGCAUCGGUUGUGACUUUAAAUGCUACAAAGUCCAAGAUAUGGUCGAUCAUAUGACUACGUGCUCUGCCUGCAAUCUCAAUUGUUGUCUCUGCGAAGUUGGAUUCUUCUCGACAAAAGACUUCGAUGAGCAUCUCAGGAAACAUGUGGAUUCAAAGCCAUUCUUCUGCUUCGAAUGUGACUCUAGAUUCCUCACGAAAACCGCUUUGAAUGUCCAUCACCCUAAGCACUCCAUUGAAACUCCAUACAUCUGCCCUCAUUGCUCCAAAGCCUUCAAAUGGAAGCAAGGCCUAAACAGUCAUUUGCAGAUCCACAAGAAGGAAAAAGAGAUGCUGUGUGACGUCUGCGGCUACAGCACCACACACAUGAAAGCCCUCAAAUCCCACAAACUGACCCAUACGGGGGAGCUCUUCAAAUGCACCCAUCCAGAUUGUACGCAUACGACAAACCGCAAGGAGAACCUCAAAAUCCACAUGGACACUCAUAAGCAGGAACGUCCGUUUGUCUGUGAAGUUUGCGGUUAUAAGUUUAGCCAGAAUAAGAACUUAAAACGUCACGCCCUGAAGCACGCUGAGAAUACAAAGCGACACAAGUGCCAAUUGUGUGACUUUGAUACUCAUCGUUCGGAUAAGUUGAAGGAGCAUGUGCAAAAGGUUCACACGGAAAAGGCUGUCCAAUUGGAACUUUCAGAGACAGUGGAGAACUCCUUUGAGCUGAAGACUGGCUUUGAUGACUUCCCUUUGCCGGAUCUGGCGAAGGAAACUGUCAAGAAAGUCCCUGUGAAGAGGAAACCCAGGAAAAAGCCGGAGUUUGUGAAGCCGAAAAAACAGAGAAAAAUUAAACCAAAGGCUUUGGAGAUAAAGGAAGAGAAGGUGGAUGAGAAAGUAGUCGUGAAAGAACCAACAGCAUUGGAUCAAGGCACUUAACCCACCCUAAAUGGAAGUUAACGCGAAGCUUCCUCAGGAUCGUCAAGAAAUGGCAAAGUGAUAGGAGAACCAGAGUCUGGAGGACUACGUUUGGCACAGAAAAAAGCGUCUGGCUUCAGGAUUUUUAAAUA